CAUGAAUCAGCUCGAUUUCUCUCUAUCUUUAAGCCUUCUCUCUGGAAUCUGCAGAUAUGACGCUUUUUAAAAAUACAUACAAGGUCUUGGGGAGGAGGGGUUAAACACAAUUGUCUGGACCCUGGAAACAGGAGUUAAGCGCAUCAUUUCGUCUUCGUGCUGACUUAAUUAAAUAGAAAGAAAUGUAAUUUGCAUCACUAAAGGGAUUCUGGCAUACGGACUAAAUCAUGGUGCGCCCCUCUUUAAGCACAGUGGCUCGGGCAUGCAGGCCAUUCCUAAACCGUACUGUUCUGAAGUUCUUCACAGUGAUUGCGAUGAUUUGUAUUCCCUUAAGCAUCUAUCUCUUACAUGUACGGAUUGAACCUAUCCAAGCGAAAAGAUAUGUCAAAUCUCUGCCAAAUUAUGCCUGGUUAAUAAGGUCCGGUCAGAGCUCAAAUCAAACCGAUGACAAGGCAUGUGUAUAUCCAGUAUUGGACCCAUACAGCCCCGAGAUGAUGGCGUUCUUUGAAAAACAGUCUCCAAUCCAAUGUGAGAUAGACGAAAACUGGGUAUAUAUAGAAAAUGCCACAUUUCGCAUUUCGGAGUCAGCUCUAAAGAAAUAUGGACCAGACAUUGAAUGUUCCUAUAGAACUAUUACGCGUGGCAAAACUGACUUUGAGGUGGAACGAGGUCCAAGUGUGCCCUUUAAAGACGGAGACCCUUUAAAAACUGAUUUUGCGAUUGUACAAUGCUAUGGCCUUCUUUGGAAAAAGUUUGAAACUAUUCUCUCCGGCAUCUCGUAUCAGCCUGAUCUUCAUGCAAGAUAUAAGCCAUCAAUGCUAUCAAAUUCAUCCAUGGGAUUCAAUGUUCUUAUGUUUGGAUUUGACUCCGUAUCAAGAAUGACAUGGAUUAGGAAUUUAAAGAAAAGUUACGAUUAUUUCACCAAAGAAUUAGGCGGCAUCGUUCUGGAAGGGUAUAACAUAGUUGGUGACGGAACGCCGCAAGCUCUUUUGCCAAUUCUAACUGGGUUUACUGAAGCGGAACUACCCGAGGCUAGACGAGGAAAGCCGAAUGCUAAACAAGUUGAUGGGUUUCCUUGGAUUUGGAAUGAAUUCAAGAAACUCGGUUACGUCACUCAGUGGGGAGAAGAUUUGUCAGGAGUCGGUACAUUCCAAUAUAGGAUGCUAGGAUUUAAUGAAACACCAACCGAUCACAACUUACGGCCAUUUUUCCUAGAAGGAGAAAAUAAUUACGAAAAAUCAAAUUGCUUUGGUGCUAUCCCUUCUCAUGUCCAAAUAAUAAAUUGGGGAAAAGACAUGUUUCUAAUGUAUAAAGAUAAACCAAAGUUUUCAUUUUUAUUCCAUUCCAAGUACAGCCAUGGGUACACGUCAAAAUUACAAGUAGCAGACGAUGACUUGUUGGGAUUCUUGCAAUGGUUAGAAAAAGGCAGGUUUUUAGAUGAUACCAUCUUGAUUUUGAUGGCAGAUCAUGGCGCACGAUUUACUUCUGUAAGAGACACAGUUCAGGGAAAGCUAGAAGAACGCAUGCCAUUUUUCUCGUUCCGUUUCCCAAAGAAAUUCAUUGAAAAGUACCCAAAAGCCUACGCCAAUGUGAAGAAAAACUCCAAAGUCCUCACAACCCCCUUUGAUAUUCACGAGACAUUCAUAGAUAUGAUAAAUCACACUGGCACUGGAGUUGCAGAUAUACGACGGAGAGGCGUUAGUCUCUUUAAAGAAAUUCCUAAAAGUAGAACCUGUGCGCAUGCCCAAAUUGAAGCUCAUUGGUGCACGUGCUUGAAUUGGGAAAAGGUAGAUGAAAAUGUGAAAAAAGUAGAUGAAAAUGUGAAAAAAGCCAUUGGCUCUGUAAUAAGAAAAUUAAAUUCCAUUAUAGAGCCACAAAGCCACCUCUGUCAUGAACUUGAGUUGGGAAAUGUAUCUCAAAUUGUUCGUUAUAGCGGGCCAAGUGAAACGCUCUUGAAAUUCAAGCAGAGCGCUGAUAAUGACGGACGGCUGCCAGACUUAUCGGAUAAUAUUGCGAUGUCCGAGAUAUUGUACCAAAUUAAUUUAUCUACCAAGCCAGGGAACGGGCAUUUCGAAGCAACUGUUCAUCACGCAGUUCAGAGUGGCAAUUUUAUUGUAUAUGACAAGGAGAUAAGCAGACUGAAUAAGUAUGGAAACCAGCCCUACUGCGUCGCUGGAAAACUGCCGCACUUACGAGCCUAUUGCUAUUGUAAAGAGCAGUUAUCGACAUAAAAGUAUCAAACUGUGACGUUUCCCUCAUUUCACGGCUGUGUAAAUGUAAAGUAAAAAAUAAAA